UAGAGCGACCCGUGAAUGACGGAACGUUUGAGUCAUUCGGCAAGUAAGAAGGUAUGAGCUGUCUUAUUGGAGGUCCGCGUCUAAAAUACUGGCAAGUGGUAUAGAUUGUCCGCAAUCCUUUAGAUCUUUCACGAUAACAAUAAAUCCUUUCUUCUUAGAAAAAACUCUUUCAUGUAUAGGGCAGCAUUGACAAGAAGACUCCCUGUUUGUUCAGCAUGGAGUCCAAUUCGGUCAGCCUCUGCUAAGACUUAUGAAAGCCCGCCCCAUAUUCGCGUCACCUUACGAACAGCAACAAGUUAUGCAAAACGACAGACCACUAUCGCAUUCCCUGCCCGACUCUUGCAGACUCCGGCGUUGUGCUCCAUUCCCUUGACGGCAACAACAGCAUCGGCCAAAGAGCAUGCAGCAAACGGUCACCAGUUUUCACCACGACCACCACCGAGGCGUCCCACACCUUCUGAGCUGGAAUCGGCAGCUGCAGAAUUGCCACAAUCGAAAUUCAAGAGAUUCCUGCGUGACCUUUUACGCAUAUUAGAUGAUUGGGUGGUGGAGCCACUGUUGACUCUUCGACGGCUAGUGCAUAUAGUGAUUAUAUUUGCACCGGUGGUGCUGGCCACACCGGCUGUCUUCAUUGGACACCGCGUAGAAGAAGAGCAGGAUGAACGGAAAGGAACGCUCUGGUGGUAUGAUUUUCUUGCAGGACAAAUGGAGCGGGCUGGACCUACGUUUAUCAAGCUAGCACAAUGGAUUGCUUCUCGCACGGACCUCUUUCCACUUGCAUUAUGCACACGUCUCUCCAAACUUCACUCCCAUGUCGACCCACAUCCAUUCUCACAUACGCGUCAAGUGAUUAAAGAGGCGUUUGGACGUGAUCUUCAUGAAAUCUUUAGCGAGUUGGACGAAACUCCUCUCGGUGUGGGUGCAAUUGCUCAGGUGUACAAGGCCAAGGUACGACCGAUUAUCCUGGUGCGAAACAUGAAGGAGCAGUUUCUGGUUGAAGACAACAUCAUCACACCCGACUGUGUGCAAACACUGGACCUGGAUGGCAAACCGAUCAAUAUCCAUACCUCUGUAGCGAUUAAAGUACUGCAUCCCAAGGCACGCCAGAUUGUACAUCGUGAUCUUAAGAUCAUGGAGUUCUUCGCAAAGGCCUUAACACUGAUACCCACUAUGCAUUGGAUCUCCUUACCGGAUGAGGUCCAUGUUUUUGGAGAAAUGAUGCGAGAUCAGUUGGAUUUGCGCGUCGAAGCAAGUCAUUUAGAGCGCUUCAACAAGCUAUUUGCGAAUUCAAUGGAUAUCGAGUUUCCAAAGCCUGUAAUGGCAUUCACGACCAAGGAUAUGUUGAUUGAGGAAUACGAGAAUGGUAUUCCUCUGAAUGCGUUUCUGGAGCAGGCAGCCUACGUGAAGCAAAGCGGGAAUGAUGAUAUGACACCUGUAUAUGAUCAUCAAAUUGCGAAUAUUGGGCUGAAUGCAUUUCUGCAUAUGCUCAUAUUUUAUAAUUUUGUGCACGCCGAUCUUCACCCUGGAAACAUUAUGAUCAAGUUUUACAAACCGAAAGCCCAUCAUCCCGUUCAACGGGCCUGGUCCAGGGCAAUGGGUCGGUAUUUGAAAGACGACGGUGAGGUUGCUGUUGAGCGGAUUCUUGCCGUACGCGACGAUCCAGCAGAAAUGCACAAGGAGUUAUUAGCACUCGAGGACGAAGGAUAUUCGCCACGACUCGUAUUCAUCGAUACAGGACUGGUGAAUGAGCUGAACGGCGUAAAUAGACGCAACUUUCUAGACUUGUUUCAGGCAAUUGCCCAAUUUGACGGCUACAGAGCUGGAGAGCUGAUGGUAGCGCGGUGUCGCACACCCGAGCUUGUGAUUGAUCCGGACGUCUUUGCGCUAAGGAUGCAGAACCUUAUUCUAGGUCUGAAGCAGAAUACGUUCAACCUGGGAGCGGUCCGAAUCGGAAGUUUGCUGCAUAACGCAAUGAACAUGGUUCGCGCGCACCACGUGAAGCUGGAGGGCGACUUUGUAAACGUCGUGGUCAGCAUCAUGCUUUUGGAAGGUAUUGGUCGCCAGUUGAACCCAGAUCUGGAUUUGUUCAAGAGCGCUCUCCCUGUUUUGCGAGAUUACAGUAUCAAGGAUCGUGGCAAGGCAGCCAGAGAAGGCGUCAAGGAUGUGCAAAUACAUGGAAGCGCACCGCACUGGCUCAAGGUUUGGAUUUUCUUGGAAAUGCGCAAUCUUUUUGUCAGAAACGAACGAGAAAACGAAUGGCUGCAGAUGUGGUAUGUGCAUGGAUAUAGGGCGUGGUGUGUGUGUGUGUGUGUACGUGAAAAUGUGUCAUACGAAUCUGACGUUACAUACAUAGCGAUUUUCUAUGCUUCAACAAUUAAGCCGAUCCUGUAUAACACGCACAAGUUUCGAGAUGCUCUCCUUGCUCUUUGAACCCCUAUAUCCAGAACCGACAUAUACACGAAGAAACUCCUCCCGUCCACCCAGCCCUCACCCCUCGCUCUCUCGUUUUCACACACUUAUCGCAUACUACAAAGACAUGGCACACCACAACAUUGCAAAUGAUAUAAUCACCAAUUUCCACUUGCAUAUUAUUAUUAUUAUCAUUACCCCAGGGAUGGGGAUGUUUUCGUGUCCUAUGUACAUGAAACAACACAACAGCAGGUU